AUGAAGCCUCUCCCCCACCAGAAUGAACUCUUCCUGCUUGCCAGUGGGGAGGGAGAGCAUUUGGCCAGCCAGAGCACGGCCACUGCCAGGAAGCACAGUGUCAUUCCAGCCUCCUGGCAGGCCCAACCUAAACUCCAGAAAAGCCGACAAAGGGACAAAGGACUGGUUCCAGGGAAGACCUCUGGCCUGACUCGACGGCUCCGGAACCCACAGUCUUUGGCUGCUCCCCUGGGCCUGCCCUCUGCCUGCCCCUCUGUCUCAUGUGGCCAAGCCCCCCAAGCUGCCACAGUUCUGGUGGAUUUUCCCACAGCCCUCACCAUCCUGCCGAAGUGGCCAGUCCUCAAGAAGAGCCAGCUACUGCUCCUGGAGUCCCUUAUGCAGCGGAAGAUUGCACACCUGAAGUGGGGCCUCCCCCAGCAGAUCCUAGAAUCCUACUUGCGCUUUAACUUCUUAGCACCAUGCCCACUGCUCCCUGAGGGCGUGAGGCUCCCUGGGUUACACAAGGCCUGUGAGCUGCAGGGGCAGCAGGAAAGGCAUUGUGGGGCCCAGGGCCCCAGGCCAGGCCUUAAGUCCCCAGAGAGGUCCCAGAGCGUUCGGCCCCGAGAAAGGAAAAGCUCAAAACCUCCUACACAGGCCAGAGCUCUGGAGAAGCGUAGACCACACCAGACAGAGCCAAUGGGCAUUUCUAUCCAUCCUGAAAAGCCUAAGAGUCAGACCACCAGGGGGCCUCAGAGAACGACAGGAUGUCCAGAAAGAGGCUCCUCCUAG